GGAGUAGGUAUCAGUCGACAUUAGUGUUUGUGCUGUUUACUGCGCCCGCAUCUCCGCAACUUCAGCGAACUCACUAAUAAAUUGUGAAUCGUAAAACAUGCAGAACUGAAAGGCAUCCAGUUCGAUCAACGGGUUCAAACAAAUGAAUUUCAUGAAAUUAGUAGCGGCUUUGAUAAGAAACCAGAAUACUCUAAAUUAGUGUGUGGGAAUGUUUUUAUUUACCAAAAAAUAUAAAUAAAAUUAAUGUGGUUUCCAAAACGUGUAUUUCAUAGUGUUUGUGACUUGAAGGAUCACGUGUUUUAAGAACUGUUCGCUGAUACUGUGAGAUAAAUAUUUUACGAGCAUCAGCAAUUUUUAUUGCGUUAAUGACAAACCAAAGAAACUUUAUAAUCCUUCUCAAGAAUUUAUCUUUCAUAAGAGAUAAGGGAUAAUUAUUAAACAAAUGUGAGUGAAUCGUCAUCUUACGUAUGAAGAAUAGUGCUAACUUCAGUUGAAGAAUAAUUACAUAAAUACUGCAAUUUUGGCAAAACUGCAUGCUUAUUAUGACGAGACAGAUUCAUGCUAUUUACUAACAAUAACUGGUAUGACAACUAGCAAUGUUUGCAUUCUGUUAAACAUCUAAGAACCGGAAAAUCAAACCUGAAACGAUCGCGAUCAGAAGAAUAGUUAUUUGUUGUGAGUCGAAGUGUGAACUGAACUCUGUCAACAUGAUUGAAAAGAAAGAAAAGAGUAAAAAUGUCGAAGACUACAAUCCAUUUGAACACCGGGAUGUGGUUAAACCAAAUUCAGACAUGAGAUCCCUGGCCAAUCUCAUAAAGGCGUCACUAGGAUCCGGGCUACUUGCUAUGCCCCUAGCAUUCGCAAAUGCUGGAUGGGGAGUCGGCAUUGUGGGCACCGUCAUCGUAGCAUUUGUCUGUGGUCAUUGUGUUCAUAUAUUUGUAGAAACCUCAAGAGGCUGCUGUCGAGCGGAACGAAAGCCUCUGUUAACUUAUUCGGAAACCUGUGGAGCCGCUUUUGCUAAUGGUCCAAAAUGUGUUAGACCAUUUGCUAAUUUUGCACACAUGUUCGCGGAGUUUUCCUUAUGCUUCACGUAUCUCGGAGUCUGUUGUAUAUUCACGUUACUAAUUGCUACUUCAAUUAAGCAGCUAUUCGAUACAUAUUUAUCAACGCCUCCAAUACCAGUUGGGCAGUACUGCCUUUUCCUCCUCCUGCCACUUUGCCUGAUGUGCCAGAUCAGGCACUUGAAGUGGCUCGCGCCAUUCUCUUUGAUAGCCAACGUGCUCCUCUUCGCAACCUUCGCAAUAUGCCUGUACUACAUCUUCAGGGAACCGCUGACAGUCAGUGAUAAACAAAUUGUCGGUGACAUGUCGCGAUUGCCGGCGUUCUUGUCAACGGUGAUCUUCGCAAUGGAAGGUAUAGGAGUAGUGAUGCCAGUAGAGAAUACGAUGAAGAAACCGCAACAUUUCCUGGGAUGCCCCAGCGUCAUGGUGAUUGCCAUGACACUAGUCAUGCUCUUAUAUAUAAUGCUGGGAGUAUUUGGCUACUUGAGAUAUGGAGAAGCACUUAGAGGAACUAUCACGCUAAAUCUGCCUAUGGAUGCCUGGCCAGCGAUAUGUGCGAAAGUAUUUAUAUCGAUAACGAUUUUCCUGACGUACCCUCUUCACUUCUUCGUGGUUAUCGACAUAUUCACAAGAUACGUUGAGCCUCGCGUGCAGAAGAAAUACCACAAUGUCAUGCAAAUCUGUGUCAGGAUUUUUAUUGUCUGUUUUUGUGGUGGAAUAGGGAUCGCCCUACCACUCCUGGAGCAGAUCAUCAACCUUGUCGGAGCCCUAUUCUACUCCAUCCUCGGACUCAUCAUACCAGGCAUUGUGGAAACUGUAUUCCGUUGGGAAGACCUUGGCAAAUACAACUGGAUACUUUAUAAGAAUAUACUUAUUGUCUUUUGUGGCAUGUUCAGUCUAGUCUCUGGGUGCACUGUCACCAUAUCCGAUGCUAUAGAAAUGAUUCAUAAGCAAAUGGAGUAAUUUAAACUUGGAACAGAAUUGUUGUCUUAUCGAAUAAAGUUUCUGUGAUUAGAAUUAAGAAGUACAAUUAAUAAAUGUAAUUUAUUUAUCUGUCUAAAA